AUGGCUGAAAAACCAACGCAUACUUUUAGUAAAACUGAAUUACCUUCAGUUUUAUUUUAUGAUAUGCUUAUUAAGGAUUCUAUGGGAUUAGCAGAAGUAAGAUUCUGUAAUACUUUUUCUAAUAAAUACAGUAAAAAUAAACAAAUCAAAGAUCUUUUUAUAAAAUAUAUAAAUUAUUUAAACAAACAAAACGAUAUGCGGAAAGAACAAAAAUAUAAAAAUAUUGAUUGCAAAAUUUUCACUUAUUGGCUAUAUGAAAAGCUCUUAAAAACUCUUGGAUAUAAUAAAUCAUUGUGCAAUAGUGCAUUUGAUGAAAUUCAAAGUUAUUGGAUCUCUUUAUCUGAAGUUAAGCCUCAAAUUAAAGAAUACAAAUGUCAACCCUAUUCUUAUAUUAAAAAUUACUACGAUAAUUGGAAAGAUUCUAAAGAACUUUAUGAUUACUAUAUAGAUUUUAAUUAUCUUGAUAAACUUUCUAGUAAUUGUAAUGAAAACUGUGAUGAAUUAUGCAAGUACUUGAAAGACGUAACAGUUUCAUACGAUAAAUUUAAAAUGUUUUUUUCUUCUAACAAAGGAAGUCGAUGCCCGCUAUCUUUGCAUGAAUAUAAAAAAUGCGAUCCAAAAUUAUUGUUAGAAAGGUUUAAAUGUUAUACUCCGACUAACGAAUUAGAUAACGGUGAAACAAAAGAACCUGAAUUAGAAGGAGAAGUGACCCCUGAAAGAGGAGAGCUUUCUGACGCUGCAUCAUUUACAGUAAUCCCUCAGAAUGAAUCAGAAUUAAAAAAUGACGAAUCUAGUCCCUUACGGACCUUUGGUAAUUCUCUUUUAGGAUUAGUUCUAACCUCUAUGUUAUUUGGUGUUUUAUAUAAUUUUACGCCAUUAGGAAGAAUAUUUCAAAAUAAGUUUCCAAAUGUUGCUUAUAUGAUAAACAAUCUAAGUCAUAAAGGAAAAAGGUUAUCCAACCAUAGAUCAGAUACGUAUAGCCCAUUUCGCGAAUAUUUGGAAGAAAAUUAUAUAAGAUAUGACCCAGUCUAA